AUGGCCGAAUCCACCCCCCAAAGGAUAACAGAAUUCCAAGCAAGCGACGAGAUGGCCCCAGGAUGGUGGGACAUCGAUGGGCUCCCCUGGGAGGACAUGCGGAUCAACCACAAGGCCUGGUACCCGUUCAUGUUGGCCGAUCGACCCUUCCGGGGCGUUUACUGGUAUGAGACGCGGACGAGUGUUGAAGAAGGUGCUUUGAAUGCGCAGCGGGAGACUGUCAAGGAGAUUUGGAAGGAGAAGGAGGAGUUGGCUUGGCCAGAACCGACAGUCAACAAGUCACUAGACGAUGUCUGGCUCCGGAAUGAUAUUGCUCAAGCAGAGCAGACAUGGCUCAACACCUGCUUUCCUUGA